AUGGUACAGACGCGCUCCCAAGUCGAAGUAACAGCCGUGCGGCCGGUGCAGGUGGUCAGACCGAUGAAAAGGACGUUAACUCAGCGUACGGUGGUGGCUCUCGACGAGAAAGACACUGCUGCCGCCACCGUCAUCUCGAACGACAAACCUGGGAAUGGCGCCAACCACGCGGAUAAUGAGCUUAGCUCACAAUCGGUAUUUCAAACAAAGGUGGUUUGGUUUCCGAACGUAGCGGUGUUCGUUGUUCUGCAUUCACUGGGCCUGUACGGCGUCUACUUGGCGUGCGUGAAAGCCAAAUGGGAAUCGUGGCUGUUCGCCGUCAUUUGGGGAAUUUCCGCAGGUCUAGGGGUGACGGCCGGCGCUCACAGACUGUGGUCGCAUAAGUCGUACAAGGCGCGGACGCCGCUCCGAAUUCUGCUGAUGAUUUUCAACUGCAUGGCUUGCCAGAACGACAUCCACGAAUGGUGUCGUGAUCACAGAGUUCAUCAUAAAUACUCGGAGACGAACGCGGAUCCCCACAACGUGAAUCGAGGCUUCUUCUUCGCGCACGUCGGCUGGUUGAUGUGCAAGAAACAUCCGGACGUAAUCCGUAAAGGCGCCUCCGUCGACUGCACCGACAUUCUCGAGGACCCGGUGGUGCGCUUCCAACGGAAAUUCUAUGUUCCCCUCACGGCGUUCUGGUGUUUCGCCGUCUCGACGAUCUUGCCCAUGCUGAUGUACGACGAGAGCCUGGACGUGGCGUUCUUUUCCUGUACAAUGGCCCGCUACGUGAUCUCUCUCAACUUCACCUGGCUAGUGAACAGCGCCGCACACUUGUGGGGGAACAAGCCGUAUAAUAAGUGGAUUUCCCCCGUCGAGAAUACGUUCGUCACGUUGGCGGCCAUAGGCGAAGGCUUCCACAAUUUUCAUCACACUUUCCCUUUCGACUACCGGACGAGCGAGUUUGGUAUGAAGCUCAACCUCACGACGGCGUUCAUCAACCUGAUGGCCAAGUGCGGCCAAGCCUACGAGCUCAAAACGGUUUCGAAUGACGUCAUAGAGAAACGAUCUCUCCGAACGGGUGACGGGACGAGAAUAAGGGCGGUAGAGCUCCACUCCGGAUCUGCUUACAAACGAAAUUCCGAGCGAAAUCUGUUGCCUUUGAGAAGGCGAAUACUCGAGUUCUCCGCCUUCCCUCGAUCAUCUGAGCACUCGUCUUUCGGAUGA